UUGUCGCCAUUGCUGCGGUUUCUUUGUUGUUCACACUCACAGCUGAAAAAGUCAAGGGAGAUACGAAGAUGAGUGAUCUUCAGUUUCAAACGCAAGAAUACGCAACAUAUACCGUUUUAUAAUUCCUCAGGUCAUCAGGUGGAUGUGGAGAGGACAGAUGUUCCUGGAGGGCCAUGUCCUGUCACUGUGAAACACACCUGAACCAGCUGAUCGAGGUGUUCAGAAUUAUAGGCAGUUGUGUAAUAAAAGGACACAGCCCUCCGGGAUCGGCACUGAAUACAGAUUGAAUCAGGAUGGACCAAGCAACACGAGAUAAGCUAUCCGAACUAGUUGAGGAGCUGACAACCUCCGGAGAGCCACAGCUUAAUCAGGAGAAAAUGAAGGAAGUGAAGAAAAUUUGCAAAGUUUCUAAUGACUACAUCGAUCAUUUCUACCACUUGAUUAUGACCCAGCUGAAUCAGGAACAUGCAGAAAUUCGUCUCUCGGCCUUCCAGAUGGUCAGCGAGCUGUUCAGCCGGUCACAUCAUUUCAGAAUCCUCCUCAUCACAAACCUUCAGGAAUUCUUGGAACUAACAGUAGAAACGGAUGUUGAGCAGCCUCUGCCUCCACCAAAAGAGGUGGCGAGGAAACUCAGGACUCUGGCCAUCCAGACUGUGCAGUCGUGGCACGCUGCAUAUGGAGAGGCGUAUAAGAAACUGUCUCUGGGAUAUAAUUUCCUCAAACAGAUUAAAAAGGUAGAUUUUCAUGAUGUUGAAUCAAGAACUCUUGCAGAGAGGAAGAGACAAGAGGAGAAACAGAAGAGACUGGAAAGAAUUUAUAAAGAAAAGCUUGAAAGAGCCAAACUGGAGAUGGAAGAAAUGACAGCUGGCAUUGAGGAAACGUUGACUGAGAUGAACAACUGCAUAAAACUGCUUGUGACAGACGACUUAAACCUGUUUAAUGAGGAACCAUCAACAGUUACUUCCUCCAGUGGAUCUGAGGACACAUCUGAGCAGCCAUGCUGCAGUAAAGACCUCAGUCAUGAACAGAGCAAAGAAACCACACAGAAGAAGAGUGACAAAGAGGAAAAAGACGAGUGUAGCUAUGACAGCGACAUGGAGGAAGUUCCCGAUGAAAAUGUGUUUCUGCGCAGCACUGGUUUAAUGUCUCAUAAAUAUCAGCUGGAGCUCAGUGUUGCUACAGAUUUAAACAUGAGGGAGACCGAAGAGAACGAGGCGCUGGUGAACACUGUAAGGGAUCUUCAAAGACUCAUCACAACCAGACACCUGCCACUGGUUCAGUCCUGGAUCCAGGUUUUUACAAAGGUUGGUGUUGAGGAAGAACUGAUGCGUAGAGCCACGGAGUUGAAGAAGUCACUGGAGAAUACUUUGAGAAAACAAGAGCACCUUCACAUAGACUACAAGAACAGAGAAAGGAGAGUGAUGAGAGCUCCUGAGGAGGAAGAGGAGGAGGACGACGAUUUUGAAGAGGUGCCGGAGAAGGAGGGCUACGAACCACAUAUUCCCGAGCAUCUGCGGGUCGAGUACGGUCUUGAUGACGUUCCUUCAACCUCGGCCACUGUGGCCAAACCAAAGUCAUCACAGCCUGCAGUGAGGCGUUCUGCACCUGUCGAGUCCAUCAGCCUUUCUCGACUGAAGAGGAAGAUGCGUGAUGAAGAGGAGGAUCCCACCUGUGCUGCUGCCACGAUGCGUGUGCUCAGACAGAAGCAUCAUUUAAGCGUGUCUGGGGGUUCAGCUGAACCUGCGGCGGGCAGCAGUGAUCAGGGGGACAGGAACAAAGAAGAAGCCCCCAUUGUUCCAUUUGGUGUGGAUCUUUAUUAUUGGGGAGAGGAGCAGCCCACUGCUGGCAAGAUCAUCAAAUACACAUCCCAGCACCGGUUCUGGGUUCCUCAUGAAGUGGAGGAGGAGUUGGACAACAAGGAACUGUCUGAACAGAUGAAGUCCAGGUACAUCACCUUCGCUGGCACCUUCAAACCUGUGGAGCACAAGUGCCGAGCGCCGAUGGCGAAUGGAUCUCUGUGUGAACGUCAAGAUAGAGUAAAGUGCCCAUUCCACGGAUGCAUAAUCCCGCGGGAUGAGCUGGGCAGGCCGAUUAACCCUGAAGAUGCACUCCGGUUGGAGAAGGAAAAGAGAAAACGCGAAGAGGAGCAGCCAGAUUGGCGAGACCCAGAACUCAUGAGAGAGAUUGAGGCAGCGACUGGAGAAGAUCUGGGCUCCUCAAAGACAUACGGCAAGGGCAAGAAGGGCAACAAAGGAAAGUCGAAGAAAAAGUACCCAAACCUUACAGACUUGAAGCAAAGUGCCAACACUUCUCGCUCCAGGCUAGAGAAGAAAGUCUUCAACAAGAGCUCUAUGAGACGAGUUACGGACGUCAUGAACAAGAUGGACAAGAGGAAACAUGAGAAAUUUGCAAAUCAGUUCAACUAUGCACUGAAUUUAAGAAUACAGCCAUAACCCUAUAGGCCAGUGUUUACACAGUCAAUAAAGUGCAGCUCUCAGCAUCAAAACAACACUAUGCCUUAAAUCAAGUCAUUUGAAAAGCAUUUGAUAUAAACUCUGUACAUUUAUACAAUUUAUAAUAAUGGGUAAUUUAUUUGUGGUUUUAUUUUUGUAUGGUCUGCAUAGAAAAUAAGGACUGUUAAACAGUUAAUUUUAAGUGAUAUUUUAAAUAACACCAUGUAUUUGUUUUUCUUUUUUCACAAUUUGUCAUAUUUCCUCUGAUUGUAUUAUUUAUUUUCAAACCCUUUUUUAUGUCAAUGAAUGUUUAAUGUCAUAUUUAAAUAAGCUGUGAUGGCACAAUUGAAAGGUAUAGUAAAAUUACUUGCUGGUUUUAGGACAUACUGUAACUUUGUCUUUUAUUAUAUGAAUUUAAUCUAAAUUUCAUUUUCAAUGAAAUUUCCUGAAAUAUAAAGAUAUUUAGAGCUGAUUUUUUUAGUAUUGAGGGGUAGAAUAUUCUUAUUUUUCUGAGGUUUUGCAUGAUCCUCAAAUAACAACAGCUUCAGUGUAGGCUUGUAGUGGUGUCUCUUUAUUAGUCAGAUGAAUAGUAACUACGUAACUGCUCAUUAAUAUUAAUAUUUUAGUUUGUAGAAAUAAAGUAUUAUUUACAUGAUGAGUAAAACCAAUCAAACAAAAAUGAUUAACUGUUGUAUUUUAGAGACAGAAUGAUCAGGAUAAUGAAAUGCAUUUUUGAUAGAAGGGGGUGAUUAUUGUUGAACAGAAUAUUGGACAAUCUAUUAGCAAUAGUGUAGAAUGUUGUUGUAUUUUAAGAAGGCAAUAUCACCAUAAAAAAUCGCGGUAACACUUCAGAAUUAUUAGCAUGCCUAUUAUUGGCAUAUUGGUUGUUUAUU